UCAGACUCCAGGAAGAUCUACAUUUCGGGACCGUUAAUGCGUUGUAAUGAACGUAAUACGGAUGGGUCAAGGUCAAGUAGAGAUGGCGACUGGCACGAGGUUUGGGCCCAACUUGGAGGCACAACCCUGAGUGUUUGGGACAUGUUAAAAAUUGAAGACGCACGCCGUCGUGGCAGCCAAGCACCUCCUACAUACGUGAAUGUCACCGAUGCUUUUAUGCAAGUCACCGGACCAGUCCAUAUCCCACCUAUCGGCAACUCGCCAGCACGCAUUUGCAACGAUGCAUUCACCUUGAACACCGCAGGAUUAAAUCUCAUUUCUUUCGGUUGCGGCGAUCGCGUGUCCCUCAAUUCAUGGAUCGCUGCCCUUCGACUCGCUCUUUGGGAGAGAGCACGCAUCGAGGAGAUCUAUACCGCUCAUCUCCUGCGUAUGUCUUUAUGUGACUCUCAUGGCGUCUGGAAGGAGCCGCAAUUAGCCCUUGUCAAAGGCAAAAUGGAAGGUUGGACGAAAGUUCGAGUAGCGGGACAGACGGACUGGAAGCGAGUGUGGGUUGUCAUUAGCAUGGGUUCAGGGUCAAGCGACAAUGAAAACCGCCGAUCGUCAUCCCCUAUCAAUGUGAGGCGCAGUCGUUUUUCCACCCUCUUUGGAAACGGGGGCAGCGUUCCAGCAGAUUCCACCAAGCAGCAGGCGAGCAUUGCAAUCUACUCGUCUAACAAGCUGAAAGAUCGUAAAGCCCCCCUUCUCACCAUCACGGACGUAACGUAUGCAUUCGCAGUUUACCCGGAGAGAGUAGACCUCAUUAGCAUGAGCACCUUGAUCAAGAUUGAAGGGAUGAUCGGACCGCAAGAUGCAGCGAAUACCAUGAAGAACCGUGAAGGUUGGCUACUCAUCAUGCCUGAGUUCGAGUCAGAUACACCACCUCCCCUAGAGAUGCUAAAAUGGCUUGUUGCAUUGCACGAUGCAUUUGGACUACACGGGAGGCCGCAUGGAUAUUCGUGGGAUCCUUUGAAUCCCAUUUCCCCUAUGUUUGCAUAUCCUAUUGGCGACCGGAGAGAUGACCUUUUCUUACUCCGUGAGGAAGCUGAGACAGUGAACCCUAUGAUUGAUCGAAUGACAGUUGUACGGGAGAGUUUUACCCAGAUUGUUCGUCAAAAGGUGAUGAGGUUACAUGGGCCUCAUCGGACCCUCUCAACCCCCUCUCCUCCCACCGCCGCUCUUGCACCGGUGACACAAAUCCCCAUGCAACUGCCACCAUUAGAAUUCGACACACCCCAGCUACCUGCGGUGUCGUCACCAUCGUUCUCGCAGCAAAUUUUAAGGACCCCACUUGCGCCUAUCGAGGAGAAUAUCAGAACUAACAGUAACAUACCUCCAACGGAAACUAUGGUGAAGCCCGGAAAUUUGGAAGCUAAUUUAGACGUUGUACGGGACCCAGGAUCAAAUACAAACCCUGUACUAAGUCCAACGUCUAAGAACGAAGAGAGCGGAUUGGAGCACAUCAUCACACUUUUGGACAAAUCUAGCCCUCCACAGUCGCCGAAACACGACUCUUCUCAGCGUCUCAGUGACGAGUCCUAUUUUAAUGUCGAGCCUCCGCGUCUUGAGUCCCAUAUCGUGGAUAGCGAUCAGUAUUCCGAAAAAAGGCUCGACCGAACGACCAUUAUCCAUUCGCCACGGACUUCUGAAUCGUACAGCAACGUCUCCGCUCGAACUUUCCCAACGCCUGUGGUAGCAGCUGUACCGUCUCCGGUCAUUCCAACAGCUCAACUUCCUCAGUCAGAAAUCACAUCCCACCCCCAGUCUCCACCGCGUCAAUCACCCUCGACCCUCCAUUCGGACACCCGGACACCGUCCAGUCCAGCAAUGCCUGGACGGCCUGCGCUCACUACACAGUCAUCUCGACAUUCUUUCCACCAAACCCAGACGGUUGAAAAGUAUUCUCCUCAGUCUGGCGCCCAGAGGACAGAUUCUCCCCUUGGAUUCCACUCUCCUACGUUCCUACCCAAUGGAAGUCCUGCAGACUUGGUACAAGGCUCGCCUCGAAGUGUUGGGGUCCAAUUACGAAGCCCUGGCUCGCCUUCACCAUCACUCACUCGCCUUCCACCUCGUUCACCACCCCAAUCGACGCCAUCACCCAUGCGGACAACGCGCAUCCUCUCCCCUUCAGCGGAAGCACAGGCCGCAAAUCAACUCCCCGCUCGCUCCCACCUGUCUGACGACAGCCAUUCGACGUCGCGGCGGCAAAGUGACCGCCGAGAUCAUUUUACGGUAGGAAAUUCAAGGCCGCAAAGUGUACCGAGGAAUCUUCCGGCACCUCCAGAGCAACCCAGAACGCCCAUUGAGUAUACAAUCACUCCAACACCAGAGGGACCAAGCAUAGUUGAAAGACUUAGGCGUCAAAUUGCGGAAGAAGAGGGUUACAUGGAUGAGGCUGGCGCGCAAUAUAUUGCGCAGAAGCUACUGGAGGGUUCGAGCAUAGAUCAUUCGGAUUUGGAGGAUGACGAAAAGCCCAUCACUCCAGGGACCUCAUCCUCCGUCUCCGUUCCACUGACCAACUCCACACCUGUUGCAUUGCCCCCAUCCUACCUCCAAACCGGCUCUCUCAAAUCACUGCCACCAAAUACAGAUUCCGUUUCAAUAGCGGCAGAUUCCACGGCAGAUCCCGCUCUCACUGUCCGAGCCCUUAAGCCAUCAGGCGCGCGACCGGUCCCUCGUCGUUCAAGUAACCCUUCCUCGAACAGACGCCCCAUGACUUCUCAGGUCUAUCCCGCUGAUGAUGAGAGCAAUGAUCUUGGCGCAGAUGCAUUCGCUGCGCUUACUUUCGUUGAGAAAGAAGACACUCGAUCUGAAGCUCCGCUCGCGAAAGACGCGCGCUCGGAACAGCCAGGGCCGGGAGAUGGUCCCCACGCAUCUCACAUAAGACUUGUAGCCAACUUCGGACAGUCUGACGCGACCGAGUCCAGUCCUUACCCUUCUUCUUUCGCGGCGUCUAAACAAGCGGCAGAACGGAAAGCGAAAGCGCAAGCUAGUAUCGCCGCGUCACAGGCUGCGGCUCACAAGCCUGGGCGCUCAAGUCUCCCUAGCAAGGGUGGGAAGGCCCCCACCAAGGGUGCCUGGGAGAGUAGUGAGGAGGAGGAGGAGGAUGAGGAGGAAGACGAUGAUGACGGAUCAGAUGCCGAACCAGCCCGGGGUCCUACGGAUGCCCCAGGACCUGCCAUUCGCUCUCAACCCCACACCCUCUAUGCUCCACAAGCUCAACAACCGAAUCACAUAACUGGCGCCGGUGGUAUGCAUGAGUUUGGAGUGCGGGUCAGUUCCUACGGCGAUGACCAGCCGCGUUCCAGAGCUCGAAACCUCCCCUCCAUUCCACGCACUGGGAGUGCAACAAACGAUCAGCAGAAUUCUACCCUCCGGCCACGCAAUUCACCACAUCCCGAUGAGUCCAGGCCUCGCACGUACCAUGAAGACGAGCACCGAAGCGUCCCUCCCCGACUUCGUGCAGAUACCCCAGUUCGUCCCUCUAGUACUGAGCGUCAUCCACCGCGCAACAAUUUUUGGAGCUCGGUGCUAGACACGGAUAAGGCCGGCAACGCUGGGCCCCCGGUCUCGUCCAACAGAGACACUUUUGUCACUUUGGAGCCCAGUGAAACCAUGACUAAGGCUUUCGCCCCUCAGGGUCUUUUGCAAGUCGGUCUUCAGGACAAACAAGAUCGCUCAGCCAAACGCAUUGAAGAGAUCGCUCGAGAACACGGAGAUUCUUAUGUACACGUUCCAAACAAGCCUCCGCCCCCCCAGAGUGGUCUCCUUGGCGCUAUCACAGCUCAUGAAAGGGAAAGGAAACGCGAAGGAGGGGUUGGCGCGGCCCUCACAGAACGUGAACGCGAGCGUCGCUUGGCGGAGGAACGACAACGAAAGAUUGACGAGCUUCAGCGCCAACAGCUUGAAUAUGCCCAGCAGCAGGGCAUGAGUCCUGAAGUGCUCGGUCAAUUUGGGAACCCGAUGAUGAAUCCAAUGAUGAUGGGUAAUCCGAUGAUGAACCCGAUGAUGAUGGGUAUGAUGGGCAAUCCUAUGAUGGGUGGAGGAUUGAGUCCUUCCUUCACCGGCUAUCCACCUGCGUGGGGAAUGCCUCAGAUGCCUCAGAUGCAAAUGAUGGCUCAGCAAGCAGCGGCGGAGGCUUAUCGUAAUGCGAUGAUGGCAUUCUCGCAGGCGGGAUCUGUCACUGGGACGGCUCCUGACAGGGGGGGGCCCAUGGCUGCUAUGCAUUCGACGUCCCCUGCAAUGUGGGGCGGAAUGAACACGAUGUCGAUGUACGGCAUACCUCCUCAGAUGACAGGCCAAUCCUGGGGAGGGUUCGGAAGCCCAAUGCCAGACUUCUCGAACAUGAACGGGUUGAACACGUCUCCUGGACUGUCUCAAGGAAUGGGCGACCGUACUUCCAUGUUUGGUGGUCUUGCUCAGCAGCAGUCUCCCGACCCAAAUCAUCUCUUGCCAUCAUCUGCAAAUUCGACCUCUCGAACUGAUACGCCCCCGGCUACAAAACCGUCUUGAUGAUUUCUAUAUAUUCCUAGGACUCUAUUGACAUUGCGCUCGUCCAUUUGUCACUCUCUUUGUUUCUUUCCUGUUUGGGGUUAUAACUUGAUUGUCAUGGAGCUCUCAUUGUUGCUUUGAAAAA